CAGGUUCGUUGCCAUGGACUUCCUCCUCCCAGGAAACACUUGUGUUGUGUUGUUAUUUCACUGUCCACCUAAAGAAUAAUGCGUUGAAAAGACAAAAUAAGCGGACUAUGAAAUAUCACUUAAGAAACGGUUUAAAACAGCGACAUUUUUAAUCCAACUGGUUUGAAGAAGCUCAGUACAUCCUGGUGCUGAUGCUGCAGGGAUGCUCCUUUGGCCUUGAGCGGAACAGUGUUUGAUGGGUGGAGGCAGGCUAUCUCAUCCUCCCCUGCAAUGAGGAUCAGGUCCUGUCCAUCCCUACAGGAGGCGUGAUGGCUGGUAAGGUGAAGUGGGUGACCGACAUAGAAAAAUCCGUGCUCGUCAACAACUUUGAGAAGAGAGGAUGGAUACAAGUGACAGACACCGAUGACUGGAACUUUUACUGGAUGAGCAUCCAGACUAUCCGCAAUGUGUUUAGCGUGGAUACGGGUUACCGCCUGUCUGAUGAACAGAUGGUUAACCACUUUCCAAACCAUUAUGAGCUGACAAGAAAGGAUCUAAUGAUCAAGAACAUUAAACGGUACAGGAAGGAGUUGGAGAGGGAGAGCAGCCCUCUCGCUGAGAAAGAUGAAAAUGGGAAAUAUCUUUACCUGGAUUUUGUGCCAGUGACGUUCAUGCUCCCAGCGGACUACAAUCUUUUUGUGGAAGAAUUUCGUAAGAGUCCGUCCAGCACAUGGAUUAUGAAGCCUUGUGGGAAGGCUCAGGGCAAAGGCAUCUUCCUCAUUAACAAACUCUCACAGAUCAAGAAAUGGUCACGGGAUAGCCGCACUUCCACGUUCAUGGCAGCUAACAGUGGAAAGGAGGCGUAUGUGAUCUCACUGUAUAUCGAUAAUCCAUUGUUGAUUGGUGGAAAGAAGUUUGAUUUGCGUCUGUAUGUUUUGGUCACGACGUACCGCCCUCUGAAGUGUUACAUGUAUAAACUUGGCUUCUGUCGGUUUUGCACUGUUAAGUACACCCCCAGUACUAGUGAACUGGACAACAUGUUUGUGCAUCUGACAAAUGUGGCGAUCCAGAAGCAUGGGGAUGAUUAUAACCCUGUUCACGGAGGUAAAUGGACAGUCAAUAACCUGCGUCUGUAUCUAGAGAGCACCAGAGGAAAGGAAGUCACUAACCACCUUUUUGACCAGAUCCACUGGAUUGUGGUACAGUCUCUCAAAGCUGUGGCUCCUGUAAUGAUCAACGACAAACACUGCUUUGAGUGCUACGGGUAUGACAUCAUUAUUGAUGACAAGCUGAAGCCGUGGCUUAUUGAGAUAUCAUUCUGGUUCAUGGGAGGACAUGAGAAAAGUCACUGGAGUCAGUAUGCUCACGAACCCUGCCUAUCACCACUCAUACAGGACUGUGUGUGUAUAUGUAUGUGUGUGUAUCAGGUAAAUGCCUCCCCUUCACUCACCUCCAGCACUGCGAAUGACCGCAUUCUGAAAUACAAUCUCAUCAAUGACACACUCAACAUCAUUGCUCCGAAUGGUGAGAUCCCAGACUGCCGAUGGAACCGCAGCCCACCUAAAGAGGCUCUUGGCAAUUACCAAGUCCUUUAUGAUGAGGAACAGGCUCAGAAUGAGAAUACGGAUCGUGACCUCCGGAGUCGCUCAGGUCAGUCGCUUGGGACAAAGAGCACAAAAUCUGGCAGCACGCGUCCAGUUACAGCCACCUGGAAGUGAGAUCAAAACCUUCACCACAAAGCAGACUUUUAUUUCCUCUAUAUAAAGCAGAAAUAUGGAAACAUGAAAGCUUUAAUAAGAAUUUACCUGUACAUUCCUGCAUGAUGUUAAGAUUACAGUAAAGACCAAGAGAGACAGGAGAGUUUUUGUUGCAUGAGAAAUAUCACGAUUUAAAAUAGGAAUAAAGAAGGAAAUAUUAGCCAAAUAUGAUUGUAUAGGGGAAAAAAACAAGAAGAGAAACAUCCUUACCUAUAGACACUCACACUUUCACAUAAAACUGAUUAUGGAAACAGUGUUUCUUGGUCUUUUGUAUGAAAUGUCACAUAGUCACUUUUUUAAUGUAACUUACUUACUAUUUAUGCAAUGUUCUUUAAAAGUAUAUACUGAUACUGUAUGUAUGAAAGAGUGUCUUCAGUAUUAUGUCUUCUGAGUAAGAAGAAAAAAAAACUUUGCAAAACAUGGUGUAAAAUCUGACUGCGUUUGUAAAAUCAUGCUUUAGAGACAAUGUGCUCAGCCUGAAGAGGGCUUUGAGAUGGUGGAGGAAGCAAUGGAAUAAACUGUCCAAAAUG